AUGACUAGGCGGUACAUGUCUAACAGCGGUUUCGGAAUGAUUGCCUGCCUGACGAACUUCCUUGUUUUUGGCGCUGAUUGCGGUGGCCAUAGUUAUAUUCCAAACUCUGUCAUCCGGCAGACGGUGAAGUUUUGCGGAGUCGUUCCCGAGCGUGUGACUGCGCGGAAGCGUGAACUGGAGUCCUCCGAAGAAGUCACCUCUAAGGAGGAAACGAUGGCGAGUGGAGGUGAAGAAGAUGAGCAGACUAAAUCCCGUGCUGCGUCGCUGAAAGAAGCACGUCAUCGAGUUCUGCGUGAGGCUGUCGCCAAAGAACGAGAACUAAAGCAACAACAGAAAACAGAGGUGGCGGAGUCGGAGUUUAAAAAGCAGUUUAGGGAGGAAGGAAGAGAAUCUCCGGACGAUGAUUCCCGUGAGUAA